CUCAUACGAGCAAGGUGUAUGUCCUGUGCUCUUCUUUUUUACUUUACCGGCAACUGAAAGAAGCGGGUCUGUCAUGGCUAAGCAGGAAACGACAGCGGGGCACACGAACCCGGCCUUCGUUAAUGAUGAGGGAUCUCCAGCAGGCGUAAACAAAGCAGCAGAGGCAGGCGAAGCGGCAGUAGUGAUCAAGAAGAAGGAAUUAACGAAGGAAGAGAAACAAGAAAAAUUCCAGAUGCUGAAGAACGUGUUCAUUAUCUCGAUCGCGUUCAUGUUCUUGUUCACCAGUUUCAACUCUAUGGCGAAUCUGCAGUCGUCUAUUAAUAAAGUCGAAGGCACGACCGCCCUCUCCACCCUCUACGCCGCCCUCGUCAUCUCCUGCGCCUUCGUCCCUACGUGGAUGAUCAAGAAAUUCAAAGCCAAGUGGACUCUCGCCGUGUCUAUGUUGGGGUAUUCCACCUACAUCGCUGCCCAGUUCUACCCCCGCGUGUGGACUCUGGUGCCCACGUCGAUACUGCUGGGUCUUGGGGCCGCGCCUAUGUGGUCGGCCAAGUGUACUUACCUCACGCAGGUCGGGACGAAAUACGCAGCCCUUGUGGGUGAAAAUGCAGAAGUGGUCAUCGUCAGAUUCUUCGGCAUUUUCUUCCUGUUCUUCCAGUCGACGCAGGUGUGGGGGAACCUCAUCUCUUCUACAGUCUUGUCCCAAGGAAAGGAAAUUGAUGACACCCCUGACGAAAUAGCUCUCCUGUCCUGCGGCGUCAACUUCUGCCCUGGGACGCAUGCUGAGAACAACAACACCAAUUUGGAAAAACCACCUGAGGCUCAGAUCUACACCAUGGCUUCUAUCUAUCUGGCUUGUGCUCUCCUCUCUUCCGUUAUCAUUGCUGUCUUCGUCGAUCCGUUGACCAAAUACGGUGAAGAUGACCGCGUGGGUUCCUCGACAGGCAAAAGCGGCCUGGAACUCCUGAUCGCCACCUUCAGCCACAUGCGCCAUCCGUACCAAUUGCUGAUCAUUCCCCUCACCGUCUGGUCGGGUGUCGAACAGGCCUUCAUCGGCGCUGACUACACUGCUGCCUACGUCUCCUGCGGCCUGGGUGUCCACAUGGUCGGCUACGUCAUGAUCUGCUAUGGGGUUUGCGACGCUAUCUGCUCCGUGAGCUUCAGCCCGCUCGUCAAGAUGAUAGGGCGUGUGAGAGUCUUCAGCAUGGGCGCCAUUAUUAAUUUCGCUAUCAUUAUCACUCUUCGCUAUUGGAUGCCUCACCCUGAUGACUUCCUAGUGUUCUUCGCCAUGGCAGCUUUGUGGGGCGUGUCCGAUGCUGUGUGGCAGACGCAAAUCAAUGCUCUCUACGGCGUCCUCUUCACCGAUAGCUCAGAAGCUGCCUUCAGUAACUAUCGGCUCUGGGAGAGUCUUGGAUACAUCCUCGGCUAUCUAGUCACCACGUAUUCUUGUAUGAUGACCAAGCUUUACUUUGGUGCUUGCAUCCUCGUGGUCGGAAUGCUUGGGUUCUAUGCCAUCGAAAUCUGGGAGAGGAAGAAGGGAAACCACAAGAAGAACCAAGUUUAAAAAAGAAGAAGAGAAAUCUCUCUCUCCUUUUU